ACCUCCUGUUCGAGUCUUUGGUGGGAGCUCCAGCAUCUCCUUGGCUCGAAAUGGACCCCAACUGCUCCUGCACCGCUGGUGUCUCCUGCACGUGCGCCGGCUCCUGCAAGUGCAAAGAGUGCAAAUGCACCUCCUGCAAGAAGAGCUGCUGCUCCUGCUGCCCCGUGGGCUGUGCCAAGUGUGCCCAGGGCUGUGUCUGCAAAGGGGCGUCGGAGAAGUGCAGCUGCUGUGCAUGAUGUGGGGACAGCUCUGCUCCCAGAUGUAAAUAGAGCAAACUUCACAACCUGGAUUUUUUUUUAAUACAACCCUGAGCCAUUUUCUGCAUUUCUUUUUAUAUUAAAUAUGUGAUUGUUUUAUUGUCAUAAAAGAAUUUUGAAAAAAAAAAA